UCUGUAGUAGACUACUGGUAACGUAAAGUAGGUUACAUACAAGCAGGAACUCAUCCACCUGUAGGCAUUAGCCUCUGCAACGCAACCGCCCCUGUCCACAGACUGUCGGAAGCUGGGGAGAUUUCAUGUCCAACUUUCUUUUCCUCAGACUACAGUUUAACUAAUUCUGAUACGAGAUUUGAGAAAUGGCAGCUGAGCUUGCCAAGGUGAGGGGUAAGUUUGUGGACAAGGUGUCCAUAGUAGUGAUUAAGCAGCUUCUGGACGACCUUUUAGAUGAUGAUGUCUUAAAUGACGGCCAGAAAGACACAAUACUUGAAGAGAACAAUACCACAGCAGACAAGGCACGCAGUCUCGUUGACACAAUAAAGAAGAAAGGAGAUGUAGCCAGCAGGAAGAUGAUCGCUCACCUUUACGAAAGAGAUCCGACACUUCACUCUGAACUGGGUCUGGGUCAACCUGCACAGCCGGCUGCAGAGCAACAGAUGAAACAGGACUGUUCCAACAUGCUCAUCCCUACCACUGAGGCAUUCUGGAUGGAGAAAAAGAAUAAUGGAAAAACUUACCCUGCUGAAAAAAAUUCCAUCAGGAAUCGUGUGGCCCUGCUAAUCACUAAUAUAAAGUUUACUGAUGAGAGAUACAACAGAAAUGGAGCUGAAAAGGACGAGGAGAACAUGGAGAAACUGCUCAGGGCUCUGGGAUACAAGGUGGUGAAAUACACAAACCUCACAGGAAAGGCAAUUGAUGAUGCUGUAAUGAAGUUCUCUAAACUUCCAGAACUCAAAGAGACAGAUAGUGUGGUGGUGGUUAUCAUGUCUCAUGGGAAACUGGGAGCUGUCCUCGGUUGCAACUGGACAAAAGAUGAUGUUGAGAAACCAGAUGAGUUCCCCAUCAACAACAUUUACAAACACUUGGGCUCAGAGAAGUGUCCAGCGCUGCUGAACAAACCCAAGAUCAUCAUCAUCCAGGCCUGCAGAGGAGAGGAGAAAGGAUCAGUGCUUGUUAGUGAUGAUGCAGUGGUCUGUGAUGAUGUGUCACAGCCAGGUCCACCCCUGUGUGCUGACGAAGAAAACAUUGAGGAUGACAACAUGAGAUGUGUACACAAAGAAAAAGACUUCAUUUCUCUUCUUUCCUCCACCCCCGAUACAGUCUCAUACAGACAAAGAAAUAAGGGGUCUUUUCUCAUCCAGUACAUUGUCGAUGUAUUCAACACCUUGGCACAUAAGGAACACAUUGAUGAGCUUUUCCGAGAAGUCAUGCAACGCUUUGAAGAGUUUUCGGUUCAAAGCCUAAGACAGAUGCCGACCAAAGACAGAACCACUCUAACAAAGCACUUCUACUUCUUCCCAGGUCUCCCAGGUCUCUAAGGGCAGGAUUCUCUGUUGUUUAACACAGAUUUGUAAAUUUAAAAUUUGAAAUUAUGUUGCAAUGUUUUUUGAAGUUAGCUACUCGGUAAAUUGAUCAAACUUUUGGAUGAAUCGCUGAAUGGGCCAACCGGGCAGGG